AUGCCCAGACCCUUCACCCCUUCCCUCAGCCCCUGUACCCCGCCCCUCGGCGCUGGCCUGAUUGCCCAGUCCCGCAGGGUGCAAGACCCCAUCAUCCCGCCCUACAUCCAGCUCAGCCCUCAGCAGGGCGAUGCGAUAGACCUGUAUGGCUACAUGCUCCAGAACCGCAUCAUCAUGGUCGGCAAGCGCGUCAACGACGCCGUGGCCACCCAGGCAAGGGGAAUCGUGGUGGCAUCCCUGCUGGCGCUGGACUCCAUCAACCCCAACGAGGAGAUCCGGCUCUACAUCAACGCUGGCGCGGGCUCCCCCUACGCCAUCACCGGCAUCCUGGACACCAUCCGGGCCAUGCAGGCCCCCGUCUCCACCAUCGGGGUGGGCAUGGUGGGUGGGGCGGUGGCGGUGCUGCUGGCAGGCGGCGCCAAGGGGCGGCGCUUCAUCAUGGCGAAUUCACGGGUGAUGCUGCAGCAGCCCAAUGGGGGCGCCAUGGGGUCCGCAGAUGAGGUCAAUAUCCAAGCCACGGAGCUCAACCGCACCAUGCAGCUCAUGUACACCUUCCUGGCUGAGUACACUGGACUGCCCAUGGACAAGGUGGAGGAGGAGUGCGACAGGGAGCAUUUCCUGGGAGCAGAGGAGAGCAAGGAGCUUGGCAUCGUGGAUGGCAUCAUAGGGACCCCUCCGGCCUUCAUGCCCCGCAACGGGCUCCUGCAGUUCGCAAGGGGCAACUUUUGA